AUGGAGCCCAUGCUCGGCCUCGUCAAGACGGUGUCGGACAGCAUCCAAAUCGCCAACGGCGUCCUGGCCACCCUGACCACAAACGAAGACAAGACGCGCGCCGCUCUGGAUCCCUUCAUGCUGGCGACUGAUGUUGCCGACUACCUCGUCCGCAAGGGCGUGUCGUUCCGUGAGACGCACCACAUCUCGGGCCGCUGCGUCGCCAAGUCGGAGGAGACUGGCAUCCCCGUGAACGAGCUCUCAUACGAGCAGAUGAAGGCGAUUGACCCGCGCUUCGAGAAGGACAUUUCCGAGGCUUUCAACUACGACGCAAGCGUGGAGCGACGAUCGGCCAAGGGCGGCACCAGCAAUUCGAGCGUCAUGGAGCAGAUCAAGGUGCUCAGGGAGAUGCUUGGCUGA